UGCUUCCAAAGUUCCACACCUUUUUGUUCACUGUUUUUCUUAUAUUCUCCAAUGCAAGAAUUACCUACUCCCGUGCUUUCUACCUCGAGUCGCCUCUGGAGGUGCUCUCGACUGUCCUUUCAUCCGUCUCAACAUCUGUACUUGACAUCCACAACUCCUUUCACUUCUCAUCCUGCAUUAUUUCAUCGGCUACAACAAGCAUUGUAUCGAACAUGGAAUCUUUUCCUGUAUUUUUCAAGGUUCGCGCUGUAACUUUCACCUGUAUCAUACUCAUUAGCUUUCUAUGGAUUGUACUUCUCUCAGUCCAGGUUUACGCCCGUUGGGAUAUAUCUGAUCUCUGCAGUCGAUCGUUAACGGCUGUCUUCCUCUUGACCAAUGUAAUAACAAUCCUAAUUUUACCUUUCCUGUUGCUACUGGACUUCCGAGUGUGGCUAGAUGCCGCUCGAAUACUAUUACUUGCAAUUGCUCAAAUAGCAUCUGCUGUCGCAUUCACUUACUGGAAUCCUCAAAUACAAUGUCCAAAUCAAACUGCCGAUCAGCAAGGUGUCUGCAAGUUGAUCAAUAUCUACACCCUCAUGGGCUGUUGGAUAAUUCCUGCCAUACUGGUUCUAUAUUCCAGCUACUUUGCUGCUAUGAUUUACCGCCAGUCGAGGAUACCCGUGGUGGUUGAGUCACGCGAAAAAGUCUUAACGGAUACAGGGUCACCUAUCGUGGUAGACCCAGAAAUGGCGCUUGCCUCGCCCCACCUUCCUGCUCUCAAUAUUCGGGCUUCGAUAUCACCCCGUUGCACUUUGUCAUCUGACUCCUUGCCAUUCUCACGUCCGGAGGCAAAUUUUGCAUCUCCACUCACGAUCACUGCCUUGCCGCGCCGUGCCUCUCGUGAUCCGCAUUCGGUUGUCUUGCAACCAGAAGUAUCAGAUAAACGGAAUUCGCAGUCUCAACGACACGUGUCUCUCGCACCGUCAUUUGCUGACUCCGUUGUACAGAUUGACAGUACCAAUCGCAAGUCAGGACGAUUGUCAAAACCUCUACCACCCUGGUGUAUAUAACUAUCAUUAUUAUAGUCCACUUAGAUUCAACGUCCUAAUGUACCAAUCUAUUGAAUAAAAUUGCAAAGCCCUAUGGCGCUAAGUUGACAAGC